AUGGGGUUGCUCGGGAGCAAAAAUCAGCUGAUGUCCAAUGAGAAACACACUUCUGGAAGCAACCCAAAAACCAAGAGUAAACCUCCUCCCGCCCCACCCAAGGGCAGACAAUUUAUCAGCAUCCCUCAUCUAAACCAAGCCUCUGUACAAGAUAACUUUGUUGUGAUUGCACAGUAUGAUUUUGCUGCCUCAAGUGACCGUGACCUGCAGCUGGUCAAGGGGGAGAAACUCCAAGUCCUCUCCAAUGAGGGGGACUGGUGGCUGGCAAAAUCCCUCAGCAGCGGGAGGAAAGGUUACAUCCCCAGUAACUUCGUCGCACAAGUAGACAGUCUGGAAGAGGAAAAGUGGUAUUUUAAAACUCUGAGCAGAAAAGAUGCUGAACGGCUGCUGUUGUCUUCUGGUAACAAAGUCGGCUCUUUCCUUGUCCGAGAGAGUGAAACCAGCAAAGGUGCCUAUUCCUUGUCCGUGAGAGAUGGCAACUCUGCUCAUGGAGACAUCAUCAAACACUACAGGAUCCGCUCCUUAGAUGGCGGGGGGUAUUACAUCUCCCCCAGGAUGACUUUCUCCAGCCUGCCAGAGCUAAUCCAUCAUUACAGCCAGAAAGGGGAUGGCCUGUGCCAGCGACUCACAGCUCCCUGCAUAUCGCUGGUUCCCCAGAGACCCUGGGCACAGGAUGAAUGGGAGAUCCCACGGGAGUCUCUGAAGCUUGUGAAGAAACUUGGCAGCGGGCAGUUUGGGGAAGUGUGGAUGGGCUACUACAAGAACAACAUCAAGGUGGCUGUGAAGACCAUGAAGGAGGGCAGCAUGGAUCCUGAUGCCUUCUUGGCAGAGGCAAACUUGAUGAAGAGGCUCCAGCAUAACAAACUGGUCCGGCUAUAUGCAGUAGUGACGAAGCAGCCAAUCUAUAUUGUGACAGAGUACAUGGCCAAUGGGUGUUUGCUGGAUUACUUGAAGACAGAAGAAGGAAGCCAACUGAAUCUCCCAAAACUCAUUGAUAUGUCUGCUCAGGUGGCAGAGGGAAUGGCGUACAUCGAGCGAAUGAACUCCAUCCACCGUGACUUGAGAGCUGCCAACAUCCUCGUCUCAGAGACACUCUGCUGCAAAAUUGCUGAUUUUGGCCUGGCCAGGAUCAUUGAGAACGAAUACUUGGCACAAGAAGGUGCCAAAUUCCCGAUCAAAUGGACGGCGCCGGAGGCCAUUAACUUUGGAGUUUUCACCAUCAAAUCUGACGUGUGGUCUUUCGGGAUCCUCCUGACGGAAAUCAUAACCUACGGCAGGAUCCCUUACCCAGGGAUGACCAACCCCGAGGUGAUUCGCAACCUGGAACGGGGCUACCGCAUGCCCUGCCCGGACAUGUGCCCUGGUGAACUCUACAACAUCAUCCUGAAAUGCUGGCGAAACAAGCCGGAGGAGCGCCCGACCUUCGAGUACCUGCAGUCAGUCCUGGAGGACUUCUACACUGCCACGGAGAAGCAGUACGAGCCGGAGCCUCAGCAGUAAGCCACGGUCCCACCACUGCCUGGGGACAGAUCUGGAGGAAAGCCACUGUCCCGCACAGCCCGGCGAUG